AUGCAAAAGGGCACCAAUGCCUUCAUCUUCCACUCUUCUGUAGUCUCUCGGUUAACCGGCAGAGAUGACCUCCAUUAUGUCAAGUAUCCUCAGUAUUCUCCAGAUUUUGGCCGUUUGCGCUUGCUUCCUAUCAUUGAUAACGCCGGACACCGCCUAAUCGCUAUUAUUGGUGACAUUGGAGGUGGUGCCGCCUGGGGCAUCAUGGCUCUCCUUACCAGCGUCUACUCCAAGGCCUGGGCCGCGGUGGCCAUGGCCUUUGCUUUCGUGCUUCUCUAG